UGUGGCCCACACAUAACGUGAAAGCGAUAUUUAUAAAAGAUCACAAAUAGCGUGAUCGAUGUGGGACUCGGUUUUUGUUGUAAGAAGAAGAACCUGAGCAAUGGCAGGGAACAGCAAGAGCAGGAUUCUAUUGAUCGGAGGCACCGGUUACAUCGGAAAGUUCAUCGUGGAAGCGAGUGCCAAAGCUGGCCACCCAACCUUUGUUUUGGUGAGGGAAUCCACACUUUCAAACCCUGCAAAAUCCUCUCUAAUCGACAAAUUCAAAAGCCUCGGUGUCAAUCUUGUUAAGGGAGAUCUAUGUGAUCACCAAAGUUUGGUGAAUGCCAUAAAGCAAGUGGAUGUGGUGAUCUCCACCGUAGGCCAAUUCCAGCUAGCGGACCAAGAUAAGAUCAUUUCUGCAAUUAAAGAAGCUGGAAAUGUUAAGAAAUUCUAUCCCUCUGAGUUUGGAAUGGAUGUAGAUCGAACACACGUAGGUGAGCCAGUGAAAUCUAAGUUUGCACAAAAGGUAAAAGUUCGUCGAAGCAUUGAGGCAGAAGGAAUUCCCUACACUUGUGUGUCCAACAAUUUUUUUGCUGGUAUCUUCCUACCCAAUUUUUCACAACUUGGAGCAACAACUCCUCCCAGAGACAAAGUUAUUAUCCUCGGAGAUGGAAAUCCCAAAGUUGUUUUUAAUAAAGAAGAGGAUGUUGCUACUUACACAAUCAAUUCAGUGGAUGAUCCCAGAACUUUGAACAAAAUUCUCUACCUUCGACCUCCCAAUAAUACCUUAUCAUUUAAUGAGCUUGUCACUCUGUGGGAAACAAAGAUAGGUAAAACUCUUGAAAGAAUCUAUGUUUCAGAGGAACAAGUACUAAAGCAAAUUCAAGAGUCCUCGCCACCCGUGAAUACGAUCCUAUCAAUCGAUCAUGCUUCUUAUGUAAAGGGAGACCAUACUAACUUUGAAAUUGAGUCUUCAUUUGGAGUGGAGGCUUCAACUUUAUAUCCAGAUGUGAAAUAUACUACCGUAGAUGAGAUUCUUAAUCAAUUUAUCUGAAAUACAGUCUAAUUCCUAUGUUUAUUUUCUUGAUAAAAUUAUUAUUCUUUAAAUAAAGACAAUUGUAUAUAUAAAAGCACCGAUUUAAUUUCAAUGCUUGCAAAAAGAAACAGAUUUAGGUCACAUUAUCAUAAUUUUA